CCGCCCGAUACAACUUAACUACUAACUAACUGCAAACGAGAUUUUUUCACAAAUUAGGUGUUAAAUUGAAGUGCACAACACCUAUAGAUCAAUUUCCUUUUAAGACACGUCAACCCACAAUUAAAAAAAUGAAAGUUACUCAAUCAGUUAAAUCAACACGGUCCUCAAUUUCUUUUGCUGCCAUAACCUUUUCGUUAGAAAUCUUAAUAGGUUUUCUAAUCUACAAAAGUCUUAAAAGUGAAAUUGAAAUCAAGCUCAUGAAUGGGGUACGUGAAGAAAUUUACAAAAAGGAACUGGAGCGAGUACUUACCGAAAAAGAUAACUGGACAGAAAUGUAUGAGACUACUGAAAUUAAUGAUCGCCCCAAAAGCAGAAACCGAAGAUUUAUAUCCUUCAAAUUAAGAAACAAUCGCAAACAUUCGGCCCCGGUGACUACCUGUCCUGAGAAACCUGGACCACCUGGACCGCCGGGUCCACCUGGAGUACCUGGAUUGCCAGGACCCGCCGUAAAUAGUGAUGACAUACCUUCUGGGCCCCCCGGGCCGCCUGGUUUACCUGGUGAGCCUGGGCCAACCGGACCACCUGGACCACCAGGAUUACCUGGAUACAUGGGACUUGCGGCAACUGAUAAUCAAAUGUAUAACCUUCCUGGGCAUCCCGGAGAACCAGGACAACCGGGUCGCCCCGGCGAACCUGGGCCACCCGGUCCACCUGGAUUACCUGGAGACACUGGAUCAGGCGUAAAUAACGAGUACAAAUUUCGUGGGAUUCCAGGAGAACCGGGACCUCCUGGACAACCUGGAGAACCGGGACAACCUGGACAACUUGGCGCACCAGGACAACCUGGUGAGCCUGGCCGGGCGGGCGAACGUGGAGCGCCUGGUCCACAAGGACCACCAGGGCCCCCUGAUUCUUCAGGAAAACGUCAUAACAUUCCAGGACCUCCUGGCCAACCUGGACGACCUGGUGAUCCAGGAGAACCUGGGCGACCUGGUGAUCCGGGAGCACAAGGAAGUCCCGGUGAACCUGGCCCACCUGGAUCUCCUGGAGUUGCUGAAGACUAUUCUGACACAUACCACAUUCCUGGACCUCCCGGACAGCCAGGACAACCUGGACGGCCUGGUGAACCUGGACCACCUGGAUCUCCAGGGCGAUCUGAAAACCCCACACAAGAUCAACUUAAUUGCGGAGAGCCCGGAACACCAGGUCCACCUGGGCCGCCUGGUCCGCCAGGACCACCAGGACAUAACGGGGAACCUGGAGGUUUGCAGCAAAUUACUGGACCACCUGGUCCUCAGGGACAGCCAGGGCCACCAGGACCACCAGGACUCGCACAAAGAACCGGACAUACUUUAAGUUAUGGGCAGCCAGGACCACCUGGACCACCCGGGCAGCAAGGAAGCCCAGGUUUCGUAGGGCAACCAGGAUCACCGGGUGAACGUGGCGCCCCUGGAGAAAAAGGCAAAGAUGGAUUACCGGGAAGGCUAGGAGAUAAAGGCACUCCAGGUUUACCAGGGAAGGACGGUUCAACUGGACCACCAGGACCUAAAGGUGAACCGGGGAAUGCCAAACAAAUUACUGGACCACCUGGCCCUCCAGGACAGCAAGGAAAACCUGGUUUCGCAGGUCAGCCAGGAGCACCGGGGUUACCAGGGCUGAGAGGAAAUCCUGGCGAGAAAGGCGCAGUAGGCCUUUCUGGACCAUCAGGUUCGCCAGGUCGUAUUGGUGCACCAGGUGAACGAGGGGCUCCCGGUAGAAAAGGUGAAGAUGGAACACCAGGCAAGCCUGGAGACAAGGGCAUUCCAGGGCCACAAGGGAAGGAGGGUCUACCAGGUCAGAAAGGGGAACCUGGGAAUACACAACAAAUUAUUGGACAGCCGGGUCGUCCUGGACAACCCGGGCCACCAGGACUACCAGGACUUACACACGGAUCCGGAAAUAUAAAACACCUCUAUGGACAGCUUGGGCCACCUGGCCGGGCGGGGCCACCUGGACCACCCGGAACACCUGGUUCCAUAGGCCACACGGGACCAACGGGGUCUCCAGGCCCGAGAGGGAAUCCGGGAGAGAAGGGUUCUCCUGGAUCGCCUGGUUUGCCAGGUCGUGAUGGGCUUGUUGGUCCACCAGGUGCUGUCGGAAGAAGAGGUGAAGAUGGAUUACGGGGACCACCAGGAGAUAAGGGCUCUCCAGGCGCGCGAGGUAAGGACGGUCUUCCUGGGCCACCCGGAGAAAAAGGAGAACGUGGGCAUGCAGCAGUCAAGGGAGCGCCGGGUCCCCCCGGACCCCCCGGGGAACCAGGACGGACAAUCGUAUCCGGUAAUACUAAAUCAAUGUACGGACAACCUGGACCCCCUGGAACUCCGGGACAGCAAGGGUUACCAGGUCCAAGAGGGAAUCCGGGUGAAAAGGGUGCGGUAGGUCGCCCUGGUCCACAUGGUAAUGACGGAGAUUCCGGUCCGCCAGGUGCACGAGGUGCCCCAGGCGGAAAAGGAGAAGUUGGAUUACCGGGAACACCAGGCACACCAGGGAAAGAUGGUCCACCAGGAGAAAAAGGAGAACGGGGUCAUGCACAACAAAUUAAUGGAGCACCAGGUCCUCCAGGACCACCCGGGCACCCAGGACCACCAGGACAAGCACUUUUAUCUGGAAAUAUUAAACCAAUGUAUGGACAACCUGGCCCACCUGGACAGCCAGGACAACCUGGACAGCAAGGACCAAAAGGGAAUCCAGGCGAGAAAGGUGCGGUAGGCCCCCCUGGUGUGCAUGGUCAAAAGGGAGAUUCUGGUCCACCAGGUGAACGAGGCGUUCCCGGAGGAAAAGGGGAAAAUGGAUCACCGGGAAAACCAGGCAUACCAGGGAAAGAUGGUCCACCAGGAGAAAAAGGAGAACGGGGUCAUGCACAACAAAUUAAUGGAGCACCAGGUCCUCCAGGACCACCCGGGCACCCAGGACCACCAGGACAAGCACUUUUAUCUGGAAAUAUUAAACCAAUGUAUGGACAACCUGGCCCACCUGGACAGCCAGGACAUCCUGGACAGCAAGGACCAAAAGGGAAUCCAGGCGAGAAAGGUGCGGUAGGCCCCCCUGGUGUGCAUGGUCAAAAGGGAGAUUCUGGUCUACCAGGUGAACGAGGCGUUCCCGGUGGGAAAGGGGAAAAUGGGUUAGCGGGAAAACCAGGAGAUAAGGGCUCUCCAGGCCAACGAGGAGAGGUCGGUUCACCCGGAUCACAAGGACCGAAAGGAGAACCUGCCCAUGCACAUGUAGUUAAAGGAGCACAGGGUACUCCUGGACCACCCGCACCGCCAGGUCCACCUGGACCGCCAGGGCCGCCUGGCCAGCAAGGUGUGCGCGGCGCCCCCGGCGUUAAAGGUGAUGAUGGAUUACCAGGAAAAUCAGGAAAGGACGGUCCACCUGGUCGUCAAGGAGAUAAAGGAGAACCUGGGCGCGCACAGCAAAUUAAUGGGGCGCCGGGUCCUCCUGGACCACCCGGGCCACCAGGUCGGACGGAGGGAUCCGGAAAUAUUAAACCAAUUUAUGGACAACCUGGCCCACCUGGAAAACCAGGACCACCUGGGCAGCAAGGCCCCAAAGGGAAUCCCGGCGAGCACGGAGUGGUGGGUCCCCCUGGUCCGCCAGCUUCACCGGGUAGUAAAGGAGACGCCGGUCCACCAGGGAAAGACGGAUUACCUGGACAAAAAGGUGAUAAAGGAAAUCCAGGAAGCCCAGGACCCCCUGGCACUCCGGAAGCUCCAGGGCAAACAGCCAAAACCGCUUAUGGCAUAAAAGGUGAUAAAGGGGAUCCUGGACCAAUGGGCCCAAUAGGAAGCCCGGGUGUAGCAGGAAAACCGGGAGAAACAGGUGCACGAGGAUUGCCUGGAGAACCUGGACGGGAAGGUUCCCCUGGAUUACGUGGUGCACAAGGUGUAACCGCUAAAGUGACGAAUUCUUCAACUGCUGUAACCGCUAAACCGAAGCACUCACAUUCGCAUGGUACUUGUGAUAUGAAAAGUAUGCGGUCCCCAAUCAUUGCAGGUAAACGAUGUCGGACAGGAGCAAAAUUCAGACUAAGUGGUUCAGCUUGCAAAAUGUAUGGAGUUGGAGGAAGACGCUCUGUUGGCACUGCCAAUGUAACUUACACCUCCUUCAUGGUCGACCCCAAAGAAAAGGUGAAUCAUAGCUCUUGUACAUUUUGGGCAACUACUGGUGACAAUAUGAAACUUUGGGAAUUUAAAGAUUCGAUUGCGUUGAGCUCUAAUCUUCCGUCCAGAAUAUACAAUCUCGCUAUUCCGUUUGACGGAAAUUCACAUGUGGUGUACGAUGGGUACUUCUUUUACAAAAUGAGUGGACAAGUGCCCAAGAUAAUUAAAUAUAACUUGGAAAGUGGAAAAUCAACUUCCGUUUUAAUACCUGGAUUUGCAAGAUGUAAAAUGCAACCUUUGUACCUUAGUGGUAUUAACUAUAUUGAUCUCAGCGUCGACCAAAAUGGCCUGUGGGCUAUUUUCUCUCACAUGCGCGAAGAGUCGACAGAGAUUGCGAAGAUAAAUCACUUGGAUAUGAGCGUAAUUUACACGUGGGAAAUUGGUAUAAGUAAUAAGCACUAUAUCGAUAUGUUCAUUGCAUCUGGAACUGUCUAUACUGUGGAUUAUUCACCAACUUUUGAGAUACAAAUAAGUUGGGCAAUCAACUUGAUACUUAGCAAUGUUACGAAAGUCAAUAUCAUGGGAAUUGAACAGACUGGAGAUAUCACUUCCAUCACCUACGAUCAUAAGUAUCAGGAGCUUUUAAUUGUCGAUGGCAAGGAGAGAAUGAUUUAUCCGUUUUAUUGCCAGGACAAAAAAGGUGGUUCCCUUUACCGUCCACGUAUACGGUAGUUUUUGGCAUCCAGUAAUGAUAGCCGGUAGAAUUAAUCGCAGUAAAAAUGAAGUUUGGGAGAACUUUUGAGAAUUUGCUCCCCUGCCAUGUGUGCACGACACCCUUGGUGUUUGAUUGCAGUAAUCUCGCUGAAAAUCGAAUUGAUUUAAAACCAAAAUUUACAAAUCUUCAAAUGGGGGUGCAGGACACCCAGACGUCGUCUGUCAGAGAGAUGAAGCCCGUUUGGAUCCAUCACAGUUUCAGCGUUGAAACUUGCAGUAUAUUCUGUAGCUCCAUAUCAUUUUUACUUAAGUUAAGUUCUGCAGAGUUCGAAUAUUGAAAAGCAAUAGUGUCAAAUUUUACAUCCUCUUCCAAAACAUCGUUCAAUCAUCCCAAAUUUUGUAGCUGCGCAUCAAACAGUGACUAUAGCGGGCAAGGAAGAAAGGUAGAUUGUAGUCCUAUAAGAAAAACUCUUGUCUCCGGGAUCCCCAGAGAAACUUUACUCAAUCGCGAGUGAGUAAAAGGAAUAGAAAA